CGAAACCUGCUAGUUUUAUGGAUGGCAGUUAGCGCCUGGUUUCUUUAAUGAAAAUUGAUCUAACUUUGAGCAGAUUUCCAGAACACGUACUCUUUUACACUGUUUAAAAUAAAUUGCAAAAUUAAAAAUGGAAUUUAGUUCGGUAAUAGUGACCUUUCACUUAACACUGAUCUUUUCCGGUGCAUUAUGUUGGGACGAUGCAGGAUCAACGCGGAAUCAUGGGCCGUGUUCCAAGUUUGAAUUUCCGUGUAAUAAUUCCGGUGUCUGUGUUACUCAGCAGAAAUGGUGCAACCAUGAAGCCGAUUGCCCGGAUGGUGACGAUGAAAUGCCGCAUUGUCAAGCGAAAGCGCUGACGUGGGAUGAUUUCCAAAGCGAUACGCUGCCCUGCAUCAAUGAAGUCCGCCGCGCCAAACGAAUGCCGCGGAUACAUUUUGAUUUUGAUCGGCUACUCACGUCCUCGCCAUCAACGGAUUACACUGACGAUUAUGAUGACAGUGGCUAUUGUAGUCUGGUUAACUUCCCGGCCAGCUGCCAGUGCAAGAACGGUCGCUCACUGGAGUGCAAGGUGGACGGGAAGCUGCCCAAUUUAUCGCAGGUGGAACCCAGUCCCACCCUUAUUGAAUUACGCAGUAAGCGAGGUACGAUGGGAUGCCUGCGCCCCAACCGGCAGCAUAACGGUUACUAUUCACAACUGGACAAUUUGCUGACGCUAAACUUUUCGAACAGCGGACUGCGUUGUAUCCAUGCCUUUGCUUUUCGCAACCACAAUCUGGCGACCUUGGAUUUAUCUCAUAAUCUAAUUCGACAUUUGAUGAACGAUACCUUUUCCGGCUUAAACGUCUGCUCACUGUUUUUAAACGACAACACCAUCACCGACUGGACAGAUGAUCCAUUUAAUUCGGCAUCGGCUAUCAGCUGGCUAGAUUUGCGGAACAAUGAUUUAACACUGGAGCAGCCGGGCAUGCUGCAAAGUCUGCGCAGUACUUGCGUUCUUGAACUAACGGGAAAUCUGGUUCGCCGGUUGACCAACAACACUUUUAAAGGCUUAACCCGACUGUGCAAUGUUGAACUCUCGUACAAUGAGAUUGAAAGUAUCGAAUCAGGAGCCUUUGCCGACUUGCAUACGACCGGAACCAUCAACCUGAAGCAUAACCGGCUUUCCACACUGGAUGAGAACCUUUUCCAGCACAAUCACAACUUACGCCAACUAGAGCUGGCCUAUAAUAGCAACAUAACAACGAUUCCUGUUGGAUUAUUUCGCAACUUCAACUGCACGAAACUUGAUUUGCGCGGAAUAUUAAUCAGUAACAUCGAAGAGGAGAUGUUCCACACGUUGCCAUCCACAUGCAAUGUGUUGUUUGAAAAGUUGUACUACUGCUUCUACGCCCAUCAUAUUCGCAACUGUACGCCAAAAGUUGACGGGAUUUCCUCCUUCGAAGAGCUACUGGUCAGCCCAACACUAGUGACAUUAGCAUGGAUCUCAGCGAUAUUUACGAUUAUCUGCAACCUGUUGAUUUACAUAACGCGAUGGUAUCUGGAUCGGACGCUAAAGCAUGGCGUGCACGAUAUGGUGGUCCGGGAUGCUCGGAUAAUGUCGCUGUUUAUCAAACACCUCAGCUUUUCGGAUAUGCUGACAGGAUUCUACAUGCUGUUCAUCUGUUAUUACAACGAUACAUUCAAAGGUCAAUAUCAUCGUUAUGCGCUGGACUGGAUCAACAGCAUUAAAUGCCAAGUCCUAGGAAUAACCGCAAUGUCAUCAGCAGAAAUCAGCAUGCUAAUUUUGACGUUCAUCGCCAUCGACCGCGCCCUGACCAUCUGCUGUACAAACAAGAAACUCCGUCUCUCCAUCUGGUCGGUGCGCGUAAUUCUCAUCUUUAUCUGGUUGCUGGGCAUCGCGCUAGCCAUCAUCCCGGCCAUCAUCUGGAACGACCGGGUCCACAACUAUUACGGCAACAACGGAGUGUGCCUGCCGUUGUACCUACAGGAGCCGCGUCUCAACGGCUGGAUCUACUCGUUAGCCGUCGUUUUCGGACUGAACGGCCUACUGAUUGUGGUCAUCGCCUGUUGUUACGCGGCCAUUUUCUGCUCGGUGAAAAAAUGGGGGCAUGAUCUACCGGUGGAGACGGAAGAGAAGGAACUGUUCUGGCGGUUCUUUGUGCUGGUCUGCGUCAACCUCUGCUGCUGGCUGCCGACGUUUGUGUUCAAGUUUAUCGCGUUAACCAACCACAAAGUUCCCGAUGAGUCAUACGCCUGGAUCGUGACCUUUGUGUUUCCCCUCAAUUCAGCCAUGAAUCCGAUUGUCUAUUCCCUCAGCUCACGGGAAUUUCGGGCAAGAGUGGGACGGAUUACCGGAUACAAUACCAUGAAGCAGUAUGUCGUUCAUCGGGUUCACUACAUUGGCCGCCGGCUAAGUACCUGGAGUACCAACACCUCCAGCGACCUCUGCCACGCCGACAGCCUACCUUUUCCCGACGGCCCGCUCAGGGUCCCGGACGGCCCUCCGCCCCCGUAUUCCGCUAUGGUGGCCGUGCCGGCUUGUCGGCGGCCACGGGGGCUCCGUCCGAGUUCGGUACAUUUUCCCCUGAACUACGAUGCCCUGGGGCACAAUCAGCAACUGCGCAGCUCCGCGUACCAAUUGAGUAAUGCCGAUUUCACGACGAACCAGCACGAGCUGGAGCCGUUGCGCGAACAGCCAGCCGAGGAUAAUUUUCCGUUGUAGUGAUUACCUCGUUUCAUUUGUUAAUUAUGUCCUUCGUUCAUUCCUGCAAAUCUGGUUUACUGCUGUAAAUGGCAUGAUUUUUUGUCCCAGUCUUUGUGAAUUUUGGCAAUAUUAUUAUUAU